GUGGGGAUUCUGGGAGGAAGGCUCCAUUUCCUCCUUCCCGCCGCGCCCCUCGCCGGCACCCCAAGUUCCCAUGCGCCGCCCCCCGCGGAGGGAGGAUGCUGGGCAUGUACGUGCCGGACAGGUUCUCCCUGAAGUCGUCCCGCGUGCAGGACGGGAUGGGGCUCUACACGGCCCGCAGGGUCGCCAAGGGCGAGAAGUUCGGGCCGUUCGCCGGGGAGAAGAGGAGGCCCGAGGAGCUGGACGAGCACAUGGACUACAGGCUCAUGUGGGAGGUCCGCGGGAGCCAGGGGGAGGUCCUGUACAUUCUGGACGCCACCAACCCGCGCCACUCCAACUGGCUGCGCUUCGUGCACGAGGCCCCGUCGCAGGAGCAGAAGAACUUGGCUGCCAUCCAGGAAGGAGAAAACAUUUUCUACUUGGCGGUUGAAGACAUAGAGUCAGACACAGAGCUGCUGAUCGGCUACCUGGACAGCGACAUGGAGGCGGACGAGGAGGAGCCGCAGACCCCGCCGAUGGCCCAGGACGGGGGAGGCCACCUCGCUCAAGGGGAGUCCACACCUGGCAGGACAGGCUGCCGUGGCUGUGGCGAGGACCACGCGUGUCCCCAGUGCGAGUCCAGCUUCCCCAGCGAGGAGGUCCUGGCCGAGCACCUGCAUGCGCUGCACCGGACGCCCGACGGGGAGAAGGAGUUCAAGUGCAAGGCCUGCGGGAAGAAGUUCCCCGUGCCGCAGGCCCUGCAGAGACAUGCUCUUCAGUGCCCGGCCAAAGGCAGCCCGAAGGACUCCUCCCGAAGCUUCCAGUGCUCCGUCUGCAAUUCGCCCUUCAGCUCGGCGCCCAGCUGCGAGCAGCACCAGGAGGCGUGCAGGAGCAAAGCCAGGUUCGUGUGCAAGGCCGGCAGCUGUGGGAAGAGGCUGAAGAGCAGGGAUGCCCUGAGGAGACACCAGGAAAAUGUCCACGCGGGAGAUCCUAAGAAAAAGCUCAUUUGUUCCGUGUGCAAUAAAAAGUGUUCCUCAGCAUCCAGCCUACAGGAGCACAGGAAGAUCCAUGAGAUAUUUGAUUGUCAAGAAUGUAUGAAGAAAUUCAUUUCGGCGAAUCAGCUAAAACGUCAUAUGAUCACCCACUCAGAGAAGCGCCCCUAUCGCUGUGAGAUUUGCAGUAAAUCCUUCAAGAGGCUGGACCAGGUGGGCGCCCACAAGGUGAUCCACAGCGAGGACAAGCCCUACAAGUGCAAGCGCUGCGGGAAGGGCUUCGCCCACAGGAACGUGUACAAGAACCACAAGAAGACCCACUCCGAGGAGAGGCCGUUCCAGUGCGAGGAAUGCAAGGCCCUAUUCCGGACCCCGUUUUCCCUGCACAGGCACCUGCUCAUACACAACAGUGAGAGGACCUUCAAGUGCCAUCACUGCGACGCGACCUUCAAGAGGAAGGACACCCUGAACGUGCACGUGCAGGUGGUGCACGAGCGGCACAAGAAGUACCGCUGCGAGCUGUGCAACAAGGCCUUCGUCACGCCCUCCGUGCUGCGCAGCCACAAGAAGACACACACGGGAGAGAAGGAGAAGACCUGCCCGUACUGCGGCCAGAAGUUCGCCAGCAGCGGGACGCUCCGCGUGCACAUCCGCAGCCACACAGGCGAGCGCCCCUACCAGUGCCCGUACUGUGAGAAGGGCUUCAGCAAGAACGACGGGCUGAAGAUGCACAUCCGCACGCACACCAGGGAGAAGCCCUACAAGUGCUCGGACUGCAGCAAGGCCUUCAGCCAGAAGCGCGGCCUGGACGAGCACCGGAGGACGCACACCGGGGAGAAGCCCUUCCAGUGCGACGUGUGUGACCUGGCUUUCAGCCUGAAGAAAAUGCUGAUCCGACACAAGAUGACGCACAACCCCAACCGCCCGCUGGCGGAGUGCCAGUUCUGCCACAAGAAGUUCACGCGGAACGACUACCUCAAGGUGCACAUGGACAACAUCCACGGCGAGGCCGACAGCUGAUGGGGCCUGCGGGGGGCCUGGGGGAGCCCAGCUCUCUCCCCGUUAGGUGGCAGAGGCAGCCAGCGGCGCGCACUGGCCUCACGGCCCUUUGUGCCGACUUUUAGAGUCUGUAGACACACGUCCUAUUCUACCAAGAAUGGUGCAAAUGGGAAAAAAGACAACU